UCCAGGCGGUUUGAAUAUCUUUGAUCCAAUACCACAAGCAUCGCCAGAAGUUGUGCAAACGUUUGAUCCCAUACCACAAGCUCCUCCUCGUACUCAACCUUAUAUAGAUGAAUUACUUGGUCCCGGAAUGGUAGACCGUCCAGGAUAUUUUACUGCUAAGGUUACGGAAACAUUAGACAUAUUUGAAGAAUUUCGUCCGCCACCCGCAGAAGAACUUGACCCCUGCUGGACUGCCCCAGAUCAGCGGGAGAAGGCUCCCUCUGGAAGUUUCUUCAGAGAUCUGGUGCCGGAAUGGGGAAUGUAUGGGGGAGGUGCUUUAAUUCCUCCUCCCGUUUAUCAAGAUCCAAAUUACCUGGUAAACUUGUGUGAACCCGAAGGCCCUCAACCACCUGUCUACGCUUUUCCUGAAGGGGAACCCUUAGAGCCGACGUUACUGCCAAUGCCUUGUCCACCACAAAGGCCACCCUCCCCUCGACCUGCAUCUCCACCCCCGGCACAGGUGCAAGUACCCGUAGAAGAGCCACCUCCUCAACCAGUAUGUCCUCCUCGGCCGAUGUCGCGAAGAAACCAACAAUUUCAGAGCAGUUGGUCUUUUGGAGAUCUAGCAGCACCAGCUGAGGAGCCCCCGCCGCGGGUUACGGGCCGCCCAGGCGCAAGACCAGCAGCUCAAGCGUGUCCACCACCUCCAGAUCCUCGCUCCCGCCAUGGACGCCAACAACCAGCCAGACAACAAGACCCAACCGACUUGGUUGAUUGGAAUACGGAAUUGCCAUCGAUUGUAGAGCACCCUUGUGAACUAGUACCACAGUACCUUCACCCGGAUGCACCACCGCAACAACAGCAGCAAACAGUUGUCAGAGACCGCUUCGGGCGUCCGCAAUACCAGAGACCUGUUCAAGUCCCGGACAUGAUGCAAAUGGAGGACGUUCAAGCAGCAGCAGAACAGGCCGCUGCGACUGGAGGUGGUGCUGCACCUGUCUGUCCGCCGACUGGAGGACAAGCAGCUCGUCGCAACCUGAUGAAAACAAGUAUAAAUUGGGGUGAUGCACAAGAAGAGGAACCUUGUCCGCCAACUGAUCGACGAAAAGCUGCACAACAACAGGCGCAAGCAGCGGCUGUAGCAGCCCAGGCCCAGCAAGCCGAGAGAGCCCCUCGUGGUAGAAAUUUGAUGCAGGCCAGCGAAGGAUGGGGAUUUGGAGCCCCGGCGUCUCCUGCUGCCGCCAGGGAUAGAUCUCGCAGCCCACAACGGCAGGUAAGAACAGACCAGGGAGCAGCACCGGUUUGUCCUCCAGCUGAGCAAGCACCACCUGCCGCACCAGCCGCGCAGCAGGCACCUGUAGCCGAGAGAGCGCCCCGCGGCAGAAACCUGAUGCAGCCCAGCGCUGGGUGGUUUGGAGCGGAGAAGAAAAAAUCACCUGUGUGUCCCCCAGCUGAACCACCACCAGAAUGCCCACCACCUGCGGUGCAGCAGCCACCUGUGGCCGAGAGAGCGCCCCCGCGGCAGAAACCUGAUGCAGCCCAGCGCUGGGUGGUUUGGAGCGGAGGGUCCUUCCAGGCAUGUGAGACGACACCAGUACCAGAACCUGCUUGUCCACCACCUCAGUCAUCUGACCCCUGGGAAUUCCCAUCACGCGGCAGCUGCAGCAGUAGAACUCCUCCUCCUCCUCCGAGUUCUUCAGAUUCGGCAGUCCACGUUGCACUGAUAGACGGAUCUCCUCAGGACGAACCUAUAGAUUUGACUAAUCCAUCUCACCGAGAUCCCAUACCAUCAUCACCCGCUGGCGACGGUCCUUGUUUCCGUCAUUGUACCGGAUGUCUUGAAGAAGAUAGGCAGAGACGUCGUAUCGCUAGAUUUUUUCAGGAGAACCGUGGACAGUGUAAUGGGUUGAGGAUUUCACCCCACGCUCUCUUCGCAGUGGUGCGGGUCCAGUACGAUCUCCCAGAUCUGACACGCUUCGUGGACCGGUUUCUGCAAUCAGACAUGGAAUUGUUGUUCCGUCAUGCAGAGCAGAUGUGGGAUGUACUGCGUUCAUUCCUGGAAACACUACUCGUGGAAGCUACCGAAAGGGUCCAAUCGGAGUUGCAGAGGAGAGAGAACAUUUACGGUCGCACUGUCGCCAUCGCUCUACUAGGGAAGGGAGUGUGGGAGGAGUCGUAUGGCGCGCCGCGCCGCACGCCACCACCACAUGUCACCAUCCGCCAUCGCUCUGCAGUGUGGGAGGAGUCAGGGAGGGGGCUUGCUGCUCUCCCAUUGGUCGCCGUCACGGAGCUCUCGGCCAAUCAGAGGCUUGGGCUAUAG